CCUGCAUACAUCUCCUCACUCAGUCCAGCUCUCCACACCCAUCUGCACGUCUCCACCGUCCCGUCCACGCAUUCCUCCGCUGCAUCCUUGCUCUCAACUGCACUGCUGGUUGGCUACCACAGCUUGAGACAUCAUGGCUGCUCCGGGCGGCCAAGGCAUGAACAAUUUGACGACUCUAAUCAAACGACUCGAAGCCGCCACUUCUCGACUAGAAGACAUUGCCUCUUCUGCCUCGACCUUUGAUUCUGCUUCUCCCAAUGCCGUACCUACAGGGUCCACGGCCACGAAGGCCUCCGCAAGUGCUCCUGAGCUUGCCAUCGUUACACCUUCGAUCAGCCAGCAAACGGUGAAGCCUGAGGCGCCGCCGUUGCCGAUUUCAAUCCAGGACAUGGAUACGUUGAUCGACACGGACGUGAAGGCGUUCAUCGAUUCGAGCAAGGGUUUGGAUCCUCUGGUGGAAGAGCAGGCAGCAGCAGUCGCAAAGGGGUUCGCGGAUCAGAGACGAUUCCUGUUGGUCACAACGAAGGCGAAGAGACCUGAUCAGUCGUCUCAGACUUUCAUGGACUUGUUGAAGGAUCUCCAGCAGGAUCUGGGAACGGCAGGAGAUAUCAAAGACAGCAACCGAGGGGCACCUGUGAAGGAGCAUCUGGCUAUGGUUGCAGAGGGCAUCAGCACAUUGCAGUGGUUGGUGUUGGAGGGCAAGCCAGCGGAUACUGUCGGUGAGAUGAUCGGAGGCGCACAGAUGUACGGCAAUCGGGUGUUGAAAAACUAUAAGGAAGGAGAUCAAGCACACGUCAAGUUCGUGCGAUCUUACUACGCUCUCCUCAACGCGCUGAAGGACUACAUCAAGAAGCACUAUCCGAUGGGUGUGACGUGGAACGCAUCUGGUGUUGACGCCGCCCAGGCUAUGCGUGAGAUUGAUGCCGGUCCCACAACGAACGGCACUUCAGCAGCAGCAGGAGGACCUCCUCCGCCUCCUCCACCACCGCCACUCCCCAACUUCGACAAUAUGCCAGCGCCUCCACCACCACCGCCCGGCGCCGCACCAAAAGCCGCUGCAGGAGGUGACAUGGGCGCCGUGUUCGACCAGCUCAACCGCGGCGAAUCGGUCACCAAAGGCCUCAAGAAAGUUGACCCGUCCCAAAUGACGCACAAGAACCCCGAACUCCGCGCCGCAUCAGUGGUUCCAGGUGAAGAUAUCAGCCGGAGUAGGAGUCCAGGCCCGCAAAUCAAGCCCAAACCACAAAGCAUGCGCCAGAACAGCACCAACCUCACGCCAACACCUCCAAAGAAGGAGCCAAAGAAGGAAUUAGACGGCAACAAAUGGCUCAUCGAAAACUUCGACUCUCCUUCCCAACCCAUCACCAUCGACGUCUCCCUCUCGCAAUCCAUCCUCAUCACCGCCUGCAAAAACACCACCAUCAUCCUCAAGGGCAAAGCGAACGCCAUCUCAAUCGACAAUUCCCCUCGACUGCAAAUCCUGGUCGAAACUCUCGUCUCCUCGGUAGAUGUGAUCAAGAGCCCGAACUUUGCGAUACAAAUCACCGGCGCGGUACCGACGAUCUUGCUGGACCAGGUCGAUGGCGCGAGUCUGUAUCUCAGCAAGGAAAGCUUGGCGUGCGAGGUCUUCACGAGUAAAUGCUCGAGUGUGAAUUUGGUGCUGCCGCCGGAGAGCGAGGAGGCGGAUGAUUCGAAGGAGUGUCCGCUGCCGGAGCAGAUUCGGACGUAUAUCAAGGGAGGGAAGUUGAUGAGUGAGAUUGUGGAGCAUGCUGGGUAG